UACGCGCCGUCGUCAUCACGCGCAAUGGAAUUCCAUACAAAUUCGCAGUCAGUUUUGGUUUUGCACAUGCUGCGAGCAAACUCCCCGCCCGAGGCCGGCCGGUGGCGGGCUGCGGACAAGGCGGAUCCGGGCCUGGACGUGGACGCGAGCCGCCACGCCAAGCCGCUCUGCGCGCCCCGGCCCCGGCGCGUGACCUCACCCGAGCUCAUCUUCCGCGACUCGUCCCUCGACCGGUGCGAAAAAGAAGAGCUUUGCGCCCACCCAGACGAGUUUGAGGCGCUACUCGGCGACCGCGCCAAGUGGCACUUUCGCUCGAUCGUGCAGCGGCCGGACGUCGAGCUCACGAGCCCGCCGACGCGUGCUGGCAACCCCGUGAUCCUCGACUCCAAGUUCCAUGCGUUCGCAUCGCCGCCUGCCUCGGCCUUCUUCUCGCGCCCCAAGAAGGCCAAGCUGAGCCCCGCCGACGGUCUAAGCAUGUCGUGCUGAGCCCCUUCCUCCGUCUUCUCAUACUCGUCGUCGUCGUCCGGCGCCCUGUCCCGACCCCAUAGAAAAGCCACCACUUGUAAACCUCCGUUCUUGUACAGCCCUUGCAUCAAUAGAGCUACCCUAUGCAUGCACUGUAUUCCAUCGACGCGUCUUGGCAGCUAAGGAAUGCAUCCGCCGCCGACCAAAGCACCACUGCGCGUCUUCCAAGUGCAUUGUAGUUAGUUGUCGUAGACUAAGUCGACACGAAACGCAAGGGCGACAAAACGACCGAAGCCUUGGAGGCUUGUGCGUCCCACCGCCGUCGUCCCGCCCUUUUCAUAUCCGAGAUCCGCAAAUGAACAAGAAAGAUAUU